CUGCACACCCUCUCGACUCUUUAGUUCUAUUUUAACUUUAGGGUGAGGCUUUGAGGAACUCACCUGUCCCGGUACCCCAAUCAGCAGGAAUACGUCGCGCGGCAAACAAGCUCAAAGAACCAGUACAGUUCGUUACCAUGUCCGAACGAGGCGCGUUCGAUACUAAUGUCGUUACCCUCACGAGAUUCGUGCAGGAGGAGGGAAGGAAGGCGAAGGGAACGGGAGAACUGACCACCCUCCUCAACUCUAUCUGCACAGCCGUUAAAGCUAUCUCCACCGCUGUCAGAAAAGCUGGGAUUGCCAACCUCUAUGGCAUUGCUGGGAGCACCAAUGUGACCGGUGACCAGGUGAAGAAGCUGGAUGUUCUGUCCAAUGACUUGGUCAUCAACAUGAUCAAGUCCUCUUUCACCUCCUGUGUCCUGGUGUCAGAGGAGAACGAGAGGGCCCUCAUUGUGGAGCCAGAGAAACAGGGAAAAUAUAUUGUGUGCUUCGACCCACUGGAUGGCUCGUCAAACAUUGACUGUCUUGUAUCAAUUGGAACCAUUUUUGCCAUCUACAGAAAGACAACAGAUGAUGAGCCCAAUGAGAAGGAUGCGCUGCAGUCUGGACGUCACAUCGUUGCUGCCGGUUAUGCCCUCUACGGCAGCGCCACCAUGAUGGUGCUCUCCACAGGUCAAGGGGUCAACUGCUUCAUGCUCGACCCUUCUAUCGGGGAGUUUAUCCUGACAGAUAAGGACGUGAAGAUCAAGAAGAGAGGGAAGAUCUACAGUCUGAACGAAGGCUAUGCUCAGCACUUCUACCCAGACAUCACAGAAUACCUGAAGAAGAAGAAAUAUCCAGAGGAUGGGAGUGCCCCCUAUGGUGGGCGUUAUGUUGGCUCCAUGGUGGCUGAUGUGCACAGGACUUUGGUGUACGGAGGAAUCUUCUUAUACCCUGCCAAUGUCAAGAGCCCCAAGGGCAAGCUGAGGCUACUAUAUGAGUGCAACCCCAUGUCUUUCAUCAUCGAGCAGGCUGGAGGCAUGGCCACCACGGGGGAGAUGAAUGUCCUGGACAUCAAGCCAGAGAACAUCCACCAGCGAGUUCCUGUGGUCCUGGGCUCCCCUGAAGACGUCCAAGAGUAUGUCGCCAUCUACAAGAAGACACGCAUGUGAUGCUGCGCUGGAGCCUUCUCUGGAUCCACCAUGACCUGCUUGUCCACAAGGGUCGACCUUUGACCUGAGCUAGUAAUCUUUGUAUCAUAUGAAUGGAGCGGUGGAUAUGCAGUAUAUAUCAUGGAAUAUAUAUAUCAUGCCCAGUUGUUUAGAAGUUGAGGUGAAUGGUUGAUCAGAUAAUUAGGGCAGUGCUUUUCUCCGGCUGAUCCUUUUGAACAAGCGGAGUAGUAUUUUACCUCCACCAUCUGACCAACCAGAUCUGGGACCAGAGAUACUUCAGGGGGAGAGAGUAGGGAGGAGUCUUUCAAUGACCUGGGCCUACAUCUUAAUAGUUUAAAGUUUCUUUCCCUAUUUGUUUCUCCUUCUAGAACUGUGCUGAUCUAGCAAGACAGUAUAGGGGAGAGGAGUCCAAUUUAGAUGAUUGGGAUGCAACCCUUCAGCGUCUUACUGUUUGGAUCCCUGAACUGAGAGACCCCUCAUGGACAAAUAUUAGGCCUACCUCAGCCUUAUUAUGUAGUGUAGUGUAUUGUAGGGUUGUUGUGUCAUUUGCACUGGUGGACCUAAAAUAUGUUUUGAAUAAAACCCAAUGUUAAAAUCCCUC